AUGGAAGGUCAUAGAAGACGCUCAUCUAUCGACCCGGCUUCUGUGGAGUCAAUCUUGACUUCAGGGGUUUCCAGCCAAGCUGCUGAUCCCCCAAGCCCUCAUAUCGGGACCUCACCAAGCAGGACAAACUUUGCCAUGGAUCCUCCUUCCCAACCAGCCUCAAGGCACUCAAGGACCAUGUCAUAUACACCCCUAAGGCCAAAUCGGUUGUCCUUGAGCUUUCCGGUUGCUACGAACAGGAACAGUAUUGAAUCUGCGAGACACACCCCAACCUCUUCGAUUUCCACCUCUUUCCCUUCUACACCGCCCGAAACAAUACCAACUCCCUCUCCGAGCGAUCCGAGCGGGUUUCUGAAUGCUCUGGCAAGCCAAGAGAGGAAAGUGCUGGAAUUGAAGGAGGAGCUUGGGAAAGCAGAGGCAGACCUCAGCAAGCUCAAAAGACAAUGGGCAGUCCACGAGGCUCACAAGAAGAAGGCGGAAAUUAGACAUUUGGAACAACUACAGCCACUGCAAACGGCUGGAGCUGCAGCGGAAGGCACCAAGUUCAACGAGGAUGGGACGAUAAUGACACGGCAGAGUGCAGAAUGGGACAGGCGGAAAGCGCUUUUGACCAACAUCAAUACCAAGGAAUCACGGAGCAGGGUAUUCUCAGGGGCCCAUACGCGGACACUGUCUCUAUUAUCUCCUGAACGCUCGAACUGCCCUCGUCCUUUCCCGCCCGUCCGAGAAGCUAGCACCGACAACCAGAGCCAGGCCAACUUUCCCAGAAGCACCACAAUGCCGGAUACUAGCCAGGGCAUCACCAGAGUCAGCACCCAUCGAGCACGGCCCUUGUCCUACCAAGGUGGCUUAACGCACGGCGCAAAACAAGUCGCAGAAGACAUGAGGACGGGUCUCUGGACAUUCUUGGAAGAUCUGCGGCAAGCAACGGUUGGAGAUGAGAUUGCAAACAGUACCGCAAAUCGUGGCAUAGAGCAAACUAGUAAAGGGCCCAUCAUCAGGAAAAGCAGCAAGAGCAGCUUGUUGGGUGCUGACAUGAGCAGGGGUCAGAAGAGUUCGCCGAGGCACUCUCCCAGGGCGUCGUCGCCCCGGACGUGGGAUUCGUUGACGGGGGGAGACUCUGCGCUUUUAGAUGCAGCCGAGAAACUCUUGUCUGAUACGCAUGCCGAGACUAAAGCGAGAAAGCCUUUGCCUAAGCCUGUAAAGAAGUCGAGGACGUUAUCGUUAGCUGCUCCCGCAUUGGAUGAUGACGAUGACUGGUCGAAUUGGGAUUCUCCGGCCCCUAAAUCACCGAGAUGGAGUGGCAGUACAACUAUUUCAGACGAUCCAGCUACGCCCUCAAAUGAAAAUAUAGAUGACCCAGUCCAAAUUAUCGGGCAGUCAAAUAACGCAGAGUCAAGUACACCGUCCAAGCGGGAAGAGCUUCAAUGGCCAGCGUUAGACAAGCUUACGCCAGGUAAUUUGAAGAGGACGGUGUCUACGAUCAUGCAGGAGUGGGAGAAGAGUUUGACCCCGCCGCCGGGCGAAGAAGGGCAUCGUAGGAAAGACUUAAAGCAGAAGACACAAGAGGAAGAGGACGAGGUGCUUCUAAUGUCGAGAUGA